GACCGUCGAUCUCAUUCACCAUCAGUUGUCCCGCUCCGACAGUCCGGGGUGCGUUAAACCUUAGCGCGACCGCAGAACACUAAAAAAAAAAUAGUGAAACGCACACAGUAUCGCGUCGAUUUUUAUUUCAUUUGAAACAUAUAUACGUCUCGUUCAACGAGUUACGGGCGUUCGUCAAGUGUCCGAGUGUCGAUAUUGUCAUUUUUUUCGCGUGUCAGUUUUCUGCGCGUUCUCCGUGUCGGUCGGCGUUGGUUUUUAAUCGUUUUGUUUAAAACGUUCGUUUUGUAUUCUCGUAAAUAAUCUGUUCGUCCAACAUUGCAGUGUAGUUAGAAAUGUGAUGACAUGAAACCGUCACUAGUGAUCAAUACCGUCAUUGUCCUGGGACUCGUGGUGGACGAAAUCUCCCGGGCGUGCGCCAAGCACAGGGAGGGAAAAUACAAAGGCACACACUGGUGGGGCAUUGCUAAAGCUGGCGAACCAAACAACCUGGCGCCCAUGACGCCCGGCCUCGUGUUUAUGGACGCGUCGUCGUCGUCGUCCACCGCCACCCUACUGCGGAGUAAACAGAGGCGGAUGAUCCGCGAAAAUCCCGGCGUGCAACUGGCCAUCAGCCGCGGUGUGAACAUGGCGCUGCAGGAAUGUCAACAUCAGUUCCGAAACAGACGGUGGAACUGUUCGACGAAAAACUUCUUGACCGGCAAGAACUUGUUUGGAAAAAUCGUCGACCGAGGUUUCAGAGAAACGGCGUUCAUCUACGCGAUCACCAGCGCCGGAGUAACGCACGCCGUGUCUAGGGCGUGUGCCGAGGGAGCGAUCGAGACGUGCACGUGCGACACGUCCCAUCAACGCCGGGGUCCCUACGUCCAGAACUCCGUGCCCGGUGUCAAAGACUGGGAAUGGGGAGGCUGUUCGGACAACAUCGAUUUCGGAUACAAAUUCGCCAGGAUGUUUGUGGACACGGGCGAACGAGGUCGGAGUCUGCGGGAGAAAAUGAACUUGCACAACAACGAAGCCGGUCGAAUGCACGUUCAGUCCGAAAUGAAACAAGAGUGCAAGUGUCACGGCAUGUCCGGUUCGUGUACGGUGAAGACUUGCUGGAUGAAAUUACCCAAUUUCCGGUCGAUCGGCGACAACCUCAAAGACAGAUUCGACGGAGCGUCCCGGGUGAUGGUGGGCAACGCCGGCGGUUUGAGGCGGCUCAGGCGCAAGGACAACGCUCAAAACAAACACUACGAACCGCGCGGUGCGGCGGCAGUGUCAGAAGACGACGUGGUCGUCGGUGGCGGCGACCGGGACGACGGCCGAGACCGUCGGCAGCAGAUCGCCGCGAACGGCCGGAACGGACUCGCCGGUGGCGGUGGCCGGAGUCGGUACGGCUUCCAGCUGAAGCCGUACAAUCCGGACUUGAAAGCGCCCGGCACCAAGGACCUGGUGUACCUGGAACCGUCGCCCGGCUUUUGCGAACAGAACUCCAGGCUGGGCAUACUGGGCACGCACGGCCGGGCGUGCAACGAAUCGUCUAUCGGCGUCGACGGUUGCGACCUGAUGUGCUGCGGCCGCGGCUACAAGACCCAUCAGGCGCUCGUGUCGGAACGGUGCAACUGCACUUUUCUGUGGUGCUGCGAAGUGAAGUGCAACGUCUGCCAGUACAAGAAAACCAUUAACACGUGUCUGUGAGAACCACCGCGGUGUUCCCGUCGGACGACGUUCGUCCAAUUUCGUCGACCCCGUUCAUCGACGGCGUCCAUUCCUAUGAUAAUGAUAUAAUAACGCAUUUUUUUAUUUUAUUGUGUAAUACGCGCCACUCGACGGCCGCGUUUCUUCGUUGAACUCUCUCUCUCUCGCAAUCUUUUUUUAUCCGUCUGUCUCUGUUCUUCUCAUACGACUUGUUCCCGAGCCCACCACCUAGCCUAUACACCACAACACCCAACAAAAAUCAAAUAUUUAUAUUGUUGCAUGAUAUAAAACAAGAAACAAUCACUGCAUCGUUGUUUCUAUUACCAAAUCCGGUGUUUUCUAAAAAAAAGAGAGAGUUUAUCUCUCGAAAAUAAUACCCGUUCAAUUUUAUAUAAAUUUUUCUUAUAGUUCUGCUGGUUUUAACUUCUCCGUAACGAUUUUUUAUUAUAUUCGUUUUUACAACACUUCUGUUUCCUAUUAUUAUUAUUAUUAAUUUAUUACUUUAAAUAUAUUUAUGUAUAAUUAUUUAUUAUCGCAACACAAUAUUAAUGUACUGAAUAAUUUAUUAUCGAUCGCAGUAAAUUAAAUUUACAUUUAUAUUACACUAUACUAAUGCCCAAAGUAUGAAAAUCCGUUCUUAUUACACGUUUAAUUAUUUCUCGUUGGUAUUUUAUGUUAUUGAGAUAAAUUAAAUGUGUGUGUGUGUGUGUGUACAUAAACAUAAAACACAACAUGUAAAAACUAUAUUAUAAUAUGAUUGUAAGUGACACGCGUUGUAAUUCUCAUCAUAAUUAUUAUUAUAUGUUCUUUUUUGAGUAUUUGCAAUACUAAAAAAAAAAAAACAACAAUAUUUGUGAUCGGUUAUAUAUUAUUGCUGAUAGUGUAUAUCCAUUUAUGUAUGUUAUUCUUUAGACGCCAUGCACAAUGGUAAUCUUAUGACAAGUUUAGUUCCUUUAGCUAUACGAUGUUGUGUAGUUUUUUUUACCGUUUGAAAUUCAAGUGGACUAAAAAAAAAAAUAAGUAAAUAAAUAAAAAACACUGUUGUACAUAAAAACUGUCCUAAUGUAAAUAACAUCUACUAUGUAUACACUAUAAUAUUAUAUAUUAUGUUUGUAUUAUACAUGUAUACAGACGAGUAUCGUUGAAAGCGAUUAACCAUAUUAUUAUUAUUAAUUUGUACAUUUCAAUUGUAAUUUUAGCAUACGAAGUACAAUGAAAUCGCGUGUGUGAAAUUAUAUGCCCGUAAAAAUUGUUAAAUGAAAUUUCCUAUAUACAUUAUUUAUAAUUGUCAAUGUUAUUGUGUAAAUAUACGUUUUUGUAAUAUUUUUGUAUACGA